GGGGAAUCCGUUCCCUUCUCUGGAUUAAUCCGCUCUAUCCCCUGGUUGUUAUUAUUUCCCGGGGGUUUAUGUUCUUGGAUCUGCAAAGAAAGAUGAGGGGGAAGAUUAAAAAGGAUUUCUGUCCCUAACUGGAUCAUGUAGCGACUUUGUAGCAACUUCUGUCCUUGCUGCAGCUUCUGGAGAACAGAGAGAACUGACAGUCAGUCCUAUGGGGAUCUACACUUCUCAAGGGAGGGCAAUGGCCAUGGGGUGCCAAGUCACAGUGUAGGCAAACAUUUCCCAAAUAUACCCUGGGCUCCUCCUGAUCAGCUUCAAUGGCUGCAAUGUACAACUUGAAGACCUUGGAGGAUCUGACUCUAGACUCAGGCUAUGGUGGAGCAGAAGACUCCUGUAGGUCCCUCAGCCUUUCCUCUUCCAAAUCAAGGUCCCAGCCCCUGGCUUCAUCCCAGCACCGGGGCAACUGGUGGUACCACUCAGGGUCCAUGAACAGCAGGAACAGCAGCUGGGACACCAUGAACACCGCUCUGACCGAGGAUCCAGACUUGGUGGACCUCUUUUCCAGGUGCCACCGGCUGCCAGAGCUGGAGGACUUCCCUUGGACGGAUGAGGACAUUGGGAAUCUCCUGAGGAAGGGGAUAGAGGACGGGGGUGCCUGGGAGUUCUCUGAGGACGCAGUGAGGAGAAUGGCGGUGUUAUUGAGAAGACCCCUCAUCAGGAUCUCCAGGGAGGCACAGCGCCUUAGCAUCCUGCACUCCAAGUGCACCCGCUACGAGAUCCAGAGCUCCAUGAAACUCAUCCUGAGUUGGGCAUUGUCGCAGAGUUGUGCCCUGGCGACGGUUCGCGCAAUGUCGCUGUACAGUAUGAGCGCAGGGGACGGCUUGCGGAGGGGCAAGUCUGCACGUUGCGGGUUGUCACUGUCAGUGGGCAGAUUCUUCAGGUGGAUGGUGGACACCAGGAUCUCAGUGAGGAUCCACGAGUAUGCGGCUAUUUGCUUGACUGCGUGUAUGGAGAACCUGCUGGAGGAGAUCAGGAGAAGGGUGCUGCUGGCCAGUCAGGGCAACGAGGGGGCUGAGAUCUCCCUGGAGGUGCUGGAGAUGGCCAUCAAUAAUGAUGCAGAGCUUUGGGGAGUCCUGCAGCCUUAUGAACACCUCAUCUGUGGCAAGAAUGCUAAUGGUGUCCUCUCCCUCCCUCCAUAUUUCAGUCCCUAUAAUGAUGGCGCUGUUGUGGGAGAUGGAGCCACGAAUGCCUACACGCAUCUGGAACUGCGGACACUGGAACAGUCCCUGCUUGCAACCUGCGUCGGCAGCAUCUCCGAACUCAGUGACCUGGUGUCCCGUGCCAUGCACCAUUUACAGUGUCUGACGAGCCUACGACCUGGGAUGAGCCCAUCAUGGCAAUCCCGGCACCCUCAGCAUCACAUCACCUGGUCGCCCGACUCUCUGCACACACUAUAUUACUUCCUACGCUGUUUACAGAUGGAAUCCAUGGAGAACCCUAACCUUGAUCCUCCCAAGAUGGCUCUACACAAUGAGAGGCCAUUCAUCCUGCUGCCCCCUCUUAUGGAGUGGAUGCGGGUCGCCAUCACGUAUGCGGAGCAUAGACGCAGUCUGACAGUUGAAAGUGAUGACAUCAGACAGACAGCCAGACUCCUCCUUCCAGGGCUGGAUUGCGAACCAAGGCAACUUAAGCCAGAGUGCUGCUUCAGCUCAUUUCGACGACUGGAUGCCGGGGCGGCUACCGAGAGAUUCCAGCAGGAUCUGGGCUUCCGAAUGCUCAACUGUGGCAGGACAGAUCUCAUUCCUCAGGCGGUGCGGGCUCUGGGGCCCGAUGGGAUCAAUACUAUGGAUGACCAGGGUUUGACGCCACUCAUGUACGCCUGCGCUGCUGGAGAUGAAGCCAUGGUCCAAAUGUUGAUAGAAGCCGGUGCUAACCUGGAUGUGGCUGUUCCCAGUUGUUCACCCCGAUACCCCUCUAUCCAUCCUGACAGUCGGCACUGGACGGCAUUGACAUUUGCGGUUCUCCAUGGACACAUCUCUGUGGUGCAGCUGCUGCUGGAUGCCGGUGCCGACGUGGAAGGCUCAUCUGUAAACAGCAGCGAAGACAGCUAUACAGAGACACCCCUACAACUGGCAUCAGCUGCAGGUAACUACGAGCUGGUGAGUCUGCUCCUGGAUAGAGGGGCUGAUCCUCUCCUGAACAUGCUGGAGGCAGGGGGUGUGUCCUCAUCCCUGCAUGAGGAUAUGAACUGUUUUAGCCAUGCUGCAGCACAUGGGCACAGGAAUGUUCUACGCAAGUUGCUUACUCAGCCUCAGCUCUAUCCAGGAGACGUCCUAUCACUGGAGGAGAUAUUGGCCGAGGGGGUUGAGAGCGACACGUCUAGCAUGGGUAGCAAUGACCGAGGGCCCAUCCGGCUCUGCAAGGCUAGGAUGAAAGCUCUGCAGGAGGCUAUGUAUUACAGUGCAGAAGAUGGAUAUCUGGAUAUAACCAUGGAGCUCCGCAGCUUGGGGGUCCCAUGGAAGAUGCAUGUGUGGGUGGAGUCCCUGCAAACGUCCUUCCAGCACUUGCACCAUUCAGCCAUGGAGAACCUGCUGCAGGAAUUCUCUUCCAUAAAAGAGGAGGACUACAAUGAGGAACUCGUCAAUGAAGGACUAGCUCUUCUCUUUCAUAUCUUAAAAGCCAGUAAAAACGAUACCAUCACACAGAAAGUGGCAGCCAUCUUUACUCGUUGCUAUGGUGACUACCCAAUACCCAGCAUUCCAGAGGCACAAAAAGCACUUCCUGCUCGUCUGGACCCUCACUUCCUAAACAACAAGGAGAUGUCCGAUGUGACUUUCCUGGUCGAGGGGAAACUGUUCUACGCUCACAAGGUCCUGUUGGUCACGGCCUCCAAUAGGUUUAAAUCCCUUAUGAUUAACACCCCAGAAAAGGAGGACCCAUGUCACAGGACUAUUGUAAUCAGUGACGUCAAGUACAGUAUAUUCCAGAUGCUGAUGCAGUACUUGUAUUAUGGAGGAACAGAGGCAAUUAAAGUCCCCAUGGCUGCUGUUUUAGAGCUCCUUUCAGCGGCCAGUCAGUUCCAGCUUGAUGCCCUGCAGAGGCACUGCGAGAUCAUCUGCUCCCACAGCAUCAACACCGAUAAUGCAGUCAGCAUCUACAAAUAUGCAAAGAUCCACAAUGCACCAGAACUGGCUCUCUAUUGCGAGGGAUUCUUCCUACAAAACAUGAAGACUUUCCUGGAGCAGGAUUCCUUUAAGCAGCUUAUAUAUGGACGCAAUAGCAAAGUGCAAGGGCUGGAUACCCUGACGGACUUACAGGAGACCCUGUCUAGAAGGAUAAAGAAUCUGUACAUAUCGUCCCGGGUUUGACCCGAUGGUAACAGUUUCCAUAAACUCUGUUUGGAAUCCGGCAGAGAACAACGUUUAGGUGGCUCUGACUUAUUAUCAUCAAUCAGACUUAAAGAGAAAGCAGAGCAGGUUCUAUUAGAAUCAACACCUCCCAGUAGAGGCAGAACCCUUGAUUUUCGUUCAAAUGAGCUCCUGGACUAAGGGACUUAUCUUAAUAAAGACUGAGUUCAUGUGUACAGCAUUAAAGAAGUAGGCUCAAAACAAAAAGCUCUUUGUAGACAAAUCAGAAUAGACCUUUGGAACAUAGGUCCAGAGGUCCCAGUAUCCUCCUCAUAGGGACAUGUUAUUAAGGGGAUGCCGCUGGUUGCCCAUGUCCGCGUUAGAUGUUUUGUGCACCAUAUUAGAUGGCAACAUUGAAAUGACAGUUGGGGGACAAAUCAUUUUGCACCUUAUAAAAUCUGGGAUAUUGAGCCUAUGGCCCUCUAGCUGUUGUUGGCAUGGGAUCAUAUGAAUUGGGGUGCCAGAACAGCUCAAGAGAUCAUAAAGCGUUUAGGAGUUGGGGAACCGAAACAGUCCCAGAUUAAUGUAAAAUCUCUGUAAUUUGUAAUGUAAAAAAAAUUAAUUCAUGUAUGGGACCUGUUAUCCAGAAUGCUUGGGACCUGGGGUUUUCCGGAUAAUGGAUCUUCAUACCUUAAGUCUACUAGAAAAUAAUUUAAACAAAUAAAUCCAAUCUUAGUUUGGAACAAGUACAGGCUACUGUUUUAUUAUUACAGAGAAAAAGGAAAUCAUUUUUAAAAAUUUUGAUUAUUUGGAUAAAAUGGAGUCUAUGGGAGAUGGCCAUUGUGUAAUUCUGAGCUUUCUGGAUAACGGGUAACCGGAUAACGGAUCCCAUAUCUGUAUUUGGAAAUUAAUAAAUAAAGCAAGGUUUCGGUCAAGUCUGGAGUGAAAUGUACUGAAUGGGAAGCAAAGACAUGCUAAUUAGUGGGGAAUUCAUUGCUUAAAGGAAAAAUAUACCCCUUGAACAAUGUAGGUCUCUAUAAAAAUAUAUUGCAUAAAACAACUCAUAUGUAAAACCCUGCUUCUUGUAAAUAAAUCAUUUUUAUAGUAGUAUGUGCCAUUGGGCAAUCAUAAAUAGAAAACUGCCAUUUAAAAAAAAUAAGGGCCGCCCCCUGGGAUCAUAGGAUUCACGGUGCACCCAAAUAAACCAUACAUGUUAGGUCACGUGAGCCAAUUAACAGACAGAGUUGUGUCUUUUGGUUCCACACUUCUUCCUGUUACAGUUAGAGCUGCAGUAUUUCUGGUCAGGUGAUCUCUGAGGCAGCACACAGACCAUCACUAAAUGGUGGCUCAAGGCAAGAGAUGUAAAAUGGCAAUAUUUACUUAAAUAUAUAUAUACCAGUUUGGUAAGAUUAUUUAAUAUGUCACUUAUAAUAAUUUAAAAUAAACUGUUGCGUAAUUAUUAA